AUGCCUCGCGCACCAAAGUCGCCCGGCGUGCAGAGCCAGCGACACAACCCGCUCGCCGACGAGUACCUCCCCUCGGACCCCUACAAGAUCAAGGCCAAGCGCACAAAGCGCACCAAGGCCGACCCCGGGGCCGAGCAGGGCUAUGUCGACUCGAAGAGCUCGCGCAGGAUCCUGGAGAUUGGACGAGAGCUCGCCGAAGAGGACGAGCGCGCGAGCCAACAAGACGCGCGCUCGAACCAAGAGCACGCGCCCCGGGCCGCAAACCCGGCCUUUGACUUUGAGAGCAGGCUAGGCGAGGAGCAUCUCGACGAACACGUCUCCGGGCAGUUCGACGACGACGACGACGACGACGAGGCGUGGGGCGAGGACGACGAGGCCGACGAGGUCGAGAUGGACGCCGAGGAUCUUGCGGCGUGGAACAAGUUCAUCCCCACCGACGACAACCCGAUCCAGUGGCCCGGCCAGGAGACGGCGCCGUCCGGGCCCGGCACAGAUCUGGCCGCGCUCAUCCUCGAGAAGAUUGCUGCGCACCAAAACGGCGGCGGCAACGGCGGCGGCAACGGCGGCGGCGGCGGCGACCAGGGGCCGCGCGAGGUGAUGGGCGGCGGCGCGCCAGAAGACGCCGUGGAGCUGCCCGCAAAGGUGGUCGAGGCAGUCUACAGCAAGGUCGGCCUGAUCCUGUCGCGCUACAAGGCCGGCAAGCUGCCCAAGCCCUUCAAGAUCCUCCCCACGAUCCCCGCCUGGGAGACGCUCCUCGGCAUCACACGGCCCGAGAACUGGACGGCCAACUCCAUGUACGCGGCGACGCGCAUCUUCGUCUCGUCGAAGCCCCACAACGCACAGAUGUUCCUCAACACGGUCCUGCUGCCGGCCGUGCAGUCCAACAUUGCCGAGACGCAGAAGCUGAACAUCCACCUGUACAAUGCCCUCAAGAAGGCUCUCUACAAGCCCAGCGCCUUCUUCAAGGGCCUCGUCUUCCCCAUGCUCACAGAGAGCCGCUGCACGCAGCGCGAAGCCACCAUUGUCGCCUCGGUCGUCGCAAAGGUCUCCGUCCCCGUCCUGCACUCGGCCGCCGCCCUGCACAGGCUGUGCGAGAUCGCCGCCGAGCAAAUGUCGAGCGACCCGGACGCCGCCGGCCCCUGCAACAUCUUCAUCAAAACACUGCUGGAGAAAAAGUACGCCCUGCCCUUCAAGGUCAUCGACGCCCUCGUCUUCCACUUUCUGCGCUUCCGUGCCGCCGGCGCAAGCUCGGCGGACGCCAUGGACACCGAGUCCGUCGCCGGCGACCUCGGUGGCACCGGGAAGCUGCCCGUCAUCUGGCACCAGUGCCUGCUCGCCUUUGCGCAGCGCUACCGGAACGACAUCACAGAAGACCAGCGCGAGGCCCUGCUCGACCUGCUGCUGACA